AUGGACUUGACAAAAAUUAAAAGGGGCGGGGUGGGAUUUAGAGAAACCCGCUCCAAACCCGCCCCGUUGCCAUUCCUAGUAAGGAAGUAUGAAGGCCCAUUCCCCAUUGUCAAGCGGGUGGGCAAGGUCUCCUACAUGGUGGAGUUUCCACCCAAGUUGAAGAUACAUCCAGUCUUCUAUGUCAGCAUGUUGAAGCCUUAUCACGAAGACAUAGAAGUCCUUACUCGGGGCAUAUCGCAAAUGGCAUCCACAGCCGUUGUCACAUCUUUCGACAAAGAAGUUGAUUGCAUCCUUGCGAAUCGUGUGAUGAGCAGGAGAGGUGUACCUAAGUAUACAGAAUACUUAGUAAAAUGGAAGAACAUGCCAGAUAGCGAGGCGAGCUGGGAGCAUGAGGAUAAACUUUGGCAGUUCGCGGAGCAUAUCCAGCGGUUCAAGCAAGAAGACGCGACGAGGGCAUUACGAGCUUAA